AGGGUGCCCUUUGCCGUGCCUGACAAAGUGCUGUGGCCGCAGCUGUGUGAAGCGCUCAACAUGAAAUUCAAGGCCGAAGUGCAGAGCAACCGGGGCCUGACCAAGGAAAACCUCGUGUUCCUGGCGCAGAAGCUGUUCAACAGCAGCAGCAGCCACCUCGAGGACUACAACAGCAUGUCCGUGUCCUGGUCCCAGUUCAACAGGGAGAAUUUACCAGGACGGAAUUACACUUUCUGGCAGUGGUUUGAUGGUGUGAUGGAAGUGUUAAAGAAACAUCUCAAGCCUCACUGGAAUGACGGGGCUAUUUUGGGUUUCGUGAAUAAGCAACAGGCCCAUGAUCUACUCAUUAACAAGCCCGAUGGGACCUUCCUGCUGAGAUUCAGUGACUCUGAAAUUGGCGGGAUCACCAUCGCUUGGAAGUUUGAUUCUCGUGA